AUUUUCGUUUUUUUAAACCCUAAAUGGCAAAAUGUGUUUUGGAUCUCUCCCAAAGUUCCAUUAUGCUUUUGAAUUCACAUUUUGAAAUCCCCAGUUGUUUCUUCCUCUUCACAAAAUUUUUAAAAUUCAAAUUUUUUACCUUCAUCUCUCCUCAGAGAACACUGGCGAUUUUUAAACUCGGUGUAUAUGUUCCUGGGAUACAGAUAUCAAAAGCAUCGUAGGAGAUCUGGGGUGUGGUAUCGGUGUCUAGGGUUGGCGAAUCGACUUUUCCGGCGAAGUUGGUUAGGGUUCAGGCCGAGAUUCCGGCAACACAGGUAAGUCAAUGCCUCGGUUUUGUUUAGAUUGGUGGCAUAUGGCCAUUUUUUGGCUAGAUAUGGUGUUAACACUGGUCUGAAUCAGUGAAGAAACUUAUUGAGAUAGGGUAAAGUUCAUCGAUGAUGGUUGUAGGGGUAAACGUCAAGAACAAUCCAACGAUUGAGACCAAGCGUUUGUUUAAAUGUCUCAAUGAAAGUUUGGAUGGAACAUCAUCAAAAAGGUUUCAAGUUCAAACCAUUUGGGCUGCAUUGCUUUGGCGAAUCAAAACAACGAGCAAGAGAAUUGUUUUUUGUGAAGAUGUUUUCAGAUUAAAAAAUGUGAGAACUUGAAGAAAGUCAACUUUGAGAGUAGGGUAAUUAUGCCGGUUUUGGAUUGAACAUCGUCACUAGAUGCCGUAUGAAACUGGAUCGGCUGGUUCUUACGAAUGGUAUAGAGGUAAAGUUACGAAGGAACGCGCUUAGUGUGAUUGAAGCUCCUACUGGUAAUGAAGAUGAUGAUUUUGAGCUUGAAAACGGUCAGUCGAAUGGCUCUGAUAUGGCAUCUGAUGAUACUAAAAAGGUGCAUCGAUCAAGGCUCCGCCUGCGUAAAUCAACAACAGGGUCACCACGUAACAAGACCGUUGGUCGGUCUCUACAUCAUGACUCACAAUCUAAGGCCUCCUUUACUACUUCUCGUGGGUCCGUGAUUGAUCUGAGAAAGCUAGAGAUGGCUGCCUUGCGGAGAUAUUUGCUACACUUUAAUCUUAAGAGGUUGAUGUUCUCAUGUACUUGCCACAAAAGAGAAGAGAGCAUCAUACGGGAAAAAUAUAUGAUUAUAACCCCAAAAGAUGAUAAAGAUAAACAAUUUUGCGCCUGAACUGAAACGCUACCACCUACCAGAGGCAGAGUCACGUAGCCGACCCAGAGCUGUUUCAACCCGAACCGACUCGGACCCGUUUCAACUCGACAAAAUUGCCCCUUGAUGUACAAUCUCUAUUUUUAAAAAAGAAACAUUUUUUAACCAACCCGACCUGACUCGAAACCUGUUCUGACCCGGACCUGUUUCAACCCGAACCCGUUCUCACAAUACUUUAUCUCAUAAUACUGCCACACGUUCUGUUCUUCACAUAAUCAUGUAGUGUCUUUAUGUCAUAGCAUAAUGGAGGGAUAAGCUCACUCAACUUCUAUCCAAAAGGAACUGGGCUUAACGGUAAUAUAAGCACUUUCUUUGACCAUUUCAAAUACGAAUUCUUUUGCUUAUGACAUCAGAAAUUUUCAUUCUAUGUGGUUUUUGGGACUGAAAUACCAGCAAUUUGCAUCUUCUACUGAAAUGACCAUAAAAUGUUAGCAAUAAUAUUUGGAAGUUAUGGUAAAGUCAAGGUUGGGUAACGGGUCAAAAACAAGUAAUUCUUUGACCCGACCGACCCGAAACCCGUUCUGACCCGGACCAAAACAACCCUUUUUUAUAAUUGACCUGUUUUGACCCGAACCCGUUUUGACCUGAACCCAUUUUGAUCCAUGACCCGACCCGUUUGCCAGGUCUACAUGUAAUUGUGAUCAUUUAUACAUACAGAUGCUUUAAUGGCAAUUGUUUUAAAUUUACUUCUCUGUGGUCAAAGGCAGGUCAGGCUCGACUCGGCUCAGACACACCACUUUGAGUGCACCACCUAGGUGCACAGGCGCAGUGAAUUAGUUUGAAAACCCGAAAAACAAAGCUCUAAAACAACUUAAAAUGAUCUAAACUAGCUAGAGGGGGCAGUUCUGACCCAAAGUCUUUGAGAUGGGUCAUUUUGGGUUAUUUAUACAAUAGAAUGGGUGGGUUUGAGUAAAGUAAUUUAAGUAAAAGGGUUGAAAUGGGUUAAUUAAAAAAACAAGGAAGGUAACUACGGGUCAAUACGGGUUGAACAUUUUCAAGGAACGGUUCUUUAGGGUUGAGCAUCAUCAACAACGGGUUAAUGAAAUCUGAGACGCUCCGGCACAAACCUCUGCCGUCUCAUCCGCCACAAACCACCACCGUCUCCGACGUCUUCUCCGGCACAAACCCCCACCGUCUCCGAAGUCUCCUCCGGCACAAACCCCCACUGUCUUCAUCAUCAUACACCCUACCAACUCCAGCGUUUCUCCGAUACCUUCAUAGCAGCAACUGCAGCGGUACUCCACUCGAAUUAAUGUCAUUCUUUCAUAUAAUUAUCUGUCAAAUUAUACAGAUCUAUUGUUAAUUUUAUGUACCAAUACUGUAUCAAUCUGGAUUACGGAAUUAUGGAUGUUCUUACUGAAAAUACGUAUAGGAUUAGGGAUUUUACAAUCGUUUGAAUUGAUUAUUUUGACGGUAAUAGUGAACAUCGGCAAUUUUAAUUUCAUGCGAUUAGUUGUUUUCAUUUGUAAUUUGUUAUUAGUUGAUAAACAGCCUUGUAGGAAUGUUUUUUAUUAUGUGAUUAUUAAGGCAUUAUUAAGCUAAA